CCCAAGGUUCUCUUGCUCCACAUGAUCCCAUUUUCGCCGGAAGAAAGAACAUCAAAGGUCUCUUUUUUUCGCCGGAAAGACAUCAAAGGUCUCUUUUUUUUUCUUAUAAUUUGGAUUUCCUCUUUCGUUGAUCCUUGUCAUUGAUGAUUUCUUGGUGGUAUCAAGAAGAGGUGAUUGUGUUUCUAGCUGCCCCUAUUCCGUGAAAAAGCAAAUGGGUUUCAGAGAACGCGCUUGCAUCUAUCUCUCCGUUUUUAUGUUUUCCGAUCUGGGUUUCGGUUUCCAGUUCCAUAAAUUGAUGCCCGAUUAGAAAGGAAAAGCGAGAACUUAGGGUUCCUGGCUUUUACUUGGCUUGAAAUCUGGGUAAAGGUGUAAACUUUGGGUUUAUCGGAAUGAUCCAGCUUCUAUUUCUGGUUCUAUCCGUAGAGGGUGCGAUUGCAUUCCUAAUGCUAGUGAAGAUCGGACCUUUAAGAGAGCUUGUCAUAAAGAGCUUGGACAAGUUGAAGAUGGGGAAAGGUCCUGCGACUGUGAAAACCAUAGCUGGAACCAUGUCUGUGAUUCCUUUUUCAAGAAUUUUGAGCAUCGUCAGGAUCCAGAACAAGGGUUCCAAACUCGGUACCAUGGAUCAAGUUCUUUGGAGAACCCACUUGCUUGGGGCUUCUCUAAUGGGUGUUGUCCUCUUCCUCGGUUUCAUAAUUGGCCGGAUGCACCUCUACCUCACAAAGCUAUUCUCUUUAAGAAGCGACAACGGCUCAUCAAAAGAAGAACUCGAAAAGCUUCAGAAGGAGAGGACCAAACUCAAGGAGAAAGAAGAGGAAGCGUCCAUGAAGCAGCUACAAGAGAAAUUAUCAUUGCUCUCUGGCAAUCUCAGAAAGCUCGAAGCAGAAUCAAUGGAGAAAGACGAGAGGCUUGAAACAACAGAUGUCGUCGCUCUACAGAAACAAUCUUCAGAGCUGUUGCUGGAGUAUGAUAGAUUGCUAGAAGAUAACCAGAGUCUCCAAGGCCAGAUUGUGGGUGGAAACAAAAGCUGAGGAACCCUUUCCAAUGCUGAGUUUCCUAUUAGGGUUUUGGGAUGGUUUUUUGAACAAUGCAACAGUUGCCAUCAUGGAGUUCUUCUGCAAUGGAAGCCUGUUGUUGCUGUGCUCUACAACCUCCGCUUGUGUUGGACUGUUCUUCCAUUGUCAUGAAGAUCAUGCGGACAAAUAUGCAGGAUGUGAUUCCAUCUUUUCCUCGAUUCCAUUCUUAAUAUCCUACUAAGUGAA